AUGGUUUCGUAUUUCAAAUUUUUCGAAAUGAGCUCUUCAGAAAAAAACGCGCCUCUAGAUUGGUCCCAGUAUUUUGACAAAGAAGACGAUGUUGCGAUUCCCGCAUCUAACGAUGUGUUUCAUAUUUAUACGGCAGGAACUGAAGGUCCCGUUGUAUUCUGUUUACACGGGGGUGGUUAUUCCGGGCUUUCGUUUGCUGUCUCAGCAAGUAAAAUUAAGGAGAAAGCUAGGGUAGUGGCUAUGGACUUGAGAGGCCAUGGGAAAUCAUCAACAGAAAAUGAUAUUGACUUAUCUGUUGAGACUAUGUGCAACGAUGUAUUUGCUGUUAUAAAGGAAUUAUAUGGCAACUAUCCUCCAACAAUGAUUCUUAUUGGUCACAGCAUGGGAGGAUCAAUUGUUGUGCAUGUUGCUGCAAGAAAAUCAUUGUCCACCUUGGCUGGGUUGGUUGUCGUGGAUGUUGUAGAGGGAACAACUAUGACUUCACUCAUUCAUAUGCAGAAAAUUCUAUCAAACAGGAUGCAACAUUUUUCAAGCAUUGAAAAAGCUAUUGAAUGGAGUGUCAGGGCGGGGUCUGUAAGAAAUAUUGAUUCUGCUCGUGUAUCCAUCCCUCCCACAUUAAAAUAUGAUGAGUCAAAGAAAUGUUAUCUUUACCGGACUGAGCUGGAAAAGACUGAACAAUAUUGGAAAGGCUGGUAUGAAGGACUCUCUGAUAAUGUGUCCAAAAACUAUGUCGUGACUGUUUAUUUAAAUACCUUACAAUGAAUUUGUCCAAAAACUAUGUCGUGAGUUACAUGUUUCUUGUGUAUGGGUUGCAAGCUGCUGCUGCUGAAGAACUUCCACCAAUUUUUGUUGUCAAGUAUCAAGUGCAAAUUUAUUGAAAGAAAUGAAAUAUUGUUUGUCUUCCUAGGGGAGAACAGAGUGGGGCCCACCAUUCAUGUUGGAUAGUAUAUUUAUUUAAAUACCUUACAAUUAAUUUGUCCAAAAACUAUGUCCUGGGUUACAUGUUUCUUGUGUAUGGGUUGCAAGCUGCUGCUGCUGAAGAACUUCCACCAAUUUUUGUUGUCAUGUAUCAAGUGCAAAUUUAUUGAAAGAAA